ACCGAGGUGACCGACCCAGAUAUUCAGAUAUUCUCACCUGUCUCCCCAGCUGCUGCUCACACUGUUCUCCUAAUGGAAGAGGGGAAAGCAAACCUGGCGUUUAAAGGUAUCGCCGAGAGACUGACCCUCGGCAUCACUCGCAUACUCGAGAACAUGCCGGGUGUCGUGGACGUGCGGUUCGCCGAGAGGGAGCCUGCAGAGAAGAGGAGCCUGUUGUCAUGGGAACAGAAAAACACCUGUAUUUUGCCAGAAGACCUGAGAGAUUUCUACCUGACAACUGAUGGGUUCACUCUGACCUGGAGUGUUAAACUAGACAAUGAGUGUGUUCCCUUAGGAUGCAUGGUGGUGAACAGUGUGGCCCGGCUGUGGCCACUCCUCCAACCAGUGUCCCUGUUCUCCCUUCCCAACGCCCCCUCCCUGGCAGACCUGGACUGGGAGGAAAGCGACGCUACACUUGGGUCGGAGCGAGCGCCUGCUGUGCCCCAUUUUGAUUCCCGGAGCCGCAUCUUUGAGCUGGAUUCCUGUGGCGGGAACGGCAAGGUGUGCUUGGUCUACAAAAACUGCACCGCAGGUGUAGUAGCCCAGCAGAGUGAAAUCUGGUUCCUGGAUUGCUCACUGUGUUGGCAUUUUCUCACCGCAACUUUCACCUCUUACUACCGACUGAUGAUAACUCACCUGGGCCUGCCUGAGUGGCAGUAUACCUUCACUCCAUAUGGCCCCAGCCCGCAGGCCAAGCAGUGGGCCUCACUGUACCAGCCGCUGACCUUCAGCAGUGAGCACAGCAUGGCUGAUGCUGCGGGAGAUUCUUAUCUCAACAAACUGGAUCCGACCAAGGCCUUCAAAGGCAAAGCCAAGGCGCCGGCACCCAAGAAGAAACCGCCAUCGCAGUGCAGCUCAGGCAACGCUGCCAAGAGCCAAGGGAGCACAGGGAGACUAAGUGGGACAAAGCGGUGAGAAGGUUCCCAAUCAAGGAAAACAUUGUAAUCCUUUGUGUACGGUCAACAUGGCUUAAAAAAGCACUCAGUGAUUCCUUCAUCUUGGACUCCUGAACGUCUGGACAGACGAACCAGGGUUCUCCUGCCUCUACACAUGGCUGAAGUGGUACCGGCUGUUGGAGGCAGUGAGGCAUGUAAACAGUUAUUCUAACCUUAUUUAUGUGUAGGUGAUUAAAGAAUACCUGCCUUACGUCUAAAUAGACUUGAAAAAUCCAAAUAAUUCAAGUGUAGUUUUUUAAAUUUCAUUGCUCUAUGAUAGUGAUGGAGAAAUGAGGCUUGUCUCCAAUGAGACAGAUAUAUUAUCUGCACACUCAUUUAACUCAGUGUUCGCUGGGGACACCUGCUGGUCAAAACAACUCAUCAGCCAAGUCAAGAAGUUUGAUCAUGUGCUGCUGACAUAGUAAUACUGAAAGGUAGCAACAAAUUGUAUCACUGCUAUAACUACUAUAGGACAAAUAAUACUCAAUAAGGGCACUAUGUUACUUUAUAAUUAUACGUAUUUAUCCCUUAGAUUUGGUUUGCUGUUGUAAAUAUUUCAAUUUGAAUGUCAAACACAGCAAUAACAUACUAUAUAUAAUAUAUAUAUAUAUAUAUAUACAU